ACGCGCUUCCUGUGCGUCCCUGGCGGCCGCCAUUGGCUGGGCCCGGCCUAGAAAACCGUGCUUGGAGGUGUUUGUCACUUUCCCAUCGCGGUGACCCGAACUGAAGUGGGCCGGCUACGCCUGCCUCUUGAGCCGAAGCAUCAGGAGCAGACGUCGCAAAAUCGAAAGGGAGAUUCGUAGCCGAUGUGACUGCAUAUCCGGGAGGUGGCGGCAGCCAGUCUCUCCGAGUCCCCUGGCUGCCGGCUGAGGGGUUCGUGGAGUCCGACGCACCCAAUCUCUUCCGCUUCAGGGCAGCGAGACGGUGAAGACCGCCGGGGCCGGCUGGCGCCCAGCACUGAGCGCGGGGAUGGCCACCAGGGUGCGGACCUCAGCCAUCUGGAAGAAGAAGAGGAGAAGUUGGAGACUGACCCAGAACCCAUAGAGAUGAGAGGAAAGGAGAGAACUUGUACUUCAGAGUUAAGGGAAAAGAAACUUCAAAACGGAUUGCCAUGUCCAAUGUCCCACAGACAUCAGGUUCCACCUCUCCAGGAACAAGAUAGUUCAUGCAACAGAGCCCGAGAGAUCCAAGGUCAGGAGUCCAUCCUGGGUCAGGGGACUGAUGAGCAGAGGCCUCUCACUGGAGGACUGCGGCAAAGACGCAACACUCACAGGACAGAGCAGGUUCUGGAGUGGUUGUUUAUUUCCCAGGAGCAGUCAAAACCCACCCAGUCUCAGGGACCGUUGUCAUUCGUGGAUGUGUUUGUGGACUUCACCUGGGAAGAAUGGCGGCUACUGGACCCAGCUCAGAAGCACCUAUACAGGAGUGUGAUGUUGGAGAACUACAGCCACCUGGUGUCCCUGGGGUUUGAGGCAGUUUUGGUCCAGGUUGUCUGUGAUUUUCCAUUCACAGGGUAUCAAGAUGCCAAACCUGAUAUCAUCUUCAAGUUGGAACAAGGAGAAGAACUGUGGAUGAUGCAGACCCAAAUCCCAAGUCAAGGCCAACCAGGAAAAGCCUGGGAAAUUGAUGAUCAUGUGGAAUGGCAUCAGGAAAAUCAAGAUAAGCUGGAAAAUAUGGCAAAAGGCUACGAAUGUACAUUUGGGAAACCAUGUCUUCUUAGUACAAAUUAUGUUUCUUCAGGAGAAAAGCUUCAUAAGUAUGUCACACCUGGAACGAGAUUUAAAUAUAAUACAGAUUUCAGUAGUGAUUAUGCUGGAAAGAAUCCUAAUGAGUUUUAUGCACAUAGGGAAUCAUUCCACCAUCCUGAACACGAGCAAACUGUUAUUGGAAUAAAAUACUGUGAAAGUAAUGAAUGUGGAAAAACCAUCAACAAGAAGUCACAACUCAUAUGCCAGCAGAUGUGUAUAGGAGGAAAACCUUUUGAAUGCAGUUUUUGUGGGAAGACCUUCAGCAGUAAGUCGUACCUUGCAAUGCAUCAGCAAAUUCAUCUAGAAGAGAAACCUUACAAAUGUAAGGGAUGUGGGAAAGACUUCAGCAGUAAGUCCUACCUCACUGUCCAUCAGAGGACUCACACAGGAGAGAAAUUCCAUCAAUGUAGUGAAUGUGGGAAAUCCUUCAGCUUCCAUUCACAACUUGUCAUACAUCAGAGAAUCCACACAGGUGAGAAUCCCUAUGAAUGCUGCAAAUGCGGAAAAGUAUUCAGUAGGAAAGACCAGCUUGUUUCACACCAGAGAACUCAUUCAGGACAGAAACCUUAUGGUUGUAAUGAAUGUGGUAAGGAUUUUGGUUUGAAGUCACAGCUUGUUAUACAUCAAAGAAUUCAUACUGGAGAGAAACCCUUUGAAUGUAGUGAAUGUCAGAAAGCCUUUAAUACAAAGUCAAACCUUAUGGUACAUCAGAGAACCCAUACAGGGGAGAAGCCCUAUGGUUGUAGUGAAUGUGGAAAAGCCUUCACUUUCAAGUCACAGCUCAUUGUACAUCAGGGGGUUCACACAGGAGUAAAGCCCUAUGGGUGCAUUCAGUGUGGGAAAGCCUUCAGUUUGAAGUCUCAGCUUAUUGUGCAUCAGAGAAGUCACACAGGAAUGAAACCUUACGUAUGCAGUGAAUGUGGCAAAGCCUUCAGGAGCAAGUCAUACCUCGUUAUACAUAUGAGAACUCACACAGGAGAGAAACUCCAUGAAUGCAGUGACUGUGGGAAAGCUUUCAGUUUCAAUUCACAACUCCUUAUACAUCAGAGGAUUCACACAGGAGAGAGUCCCUAUGAAUGCCAUGAAUGUGGGAAAGCCUUCAGUCGGAAAUACCAGCUCAUUUCACACCAGAGAACCCAUGCUGGGGAAAAGCCCUAUGAAUGCAGUGACUGCGGGAAAACUUUUGGUUUGAAAUCACAGCUCAUUAUACAUCAGAGAACUCAUACAGGAGAAAAACCCUUUGAAUGCAAUGACUGUAGCAAAGCCUUUAAUACAAAGUCAAACCUUAUUGUACAUCAGAGGACUCAUACAGGGGAGAAGCCCUAUGGUUGUAGUGAAUGUGGAAAAGCCUUUACUUUUAAGUCACAGCUCAUCGUACAUCAGGGAGCACACACUGGGGUAAAACCCUAUGGAUGUAAUCAAUGUGGAAAAGCCUUUAGUUUGAAGUCACAGCUCAUUGUGCAUCAGAGAAGUCACACUGGAGUGAAACCCUAUGGAUGCAGUGAAUGUGGAAAAGCCUUCAGGAGCAAGUCUUACCUCAUCAUACAUAUGAGAACUCACACAGGAGAGAAACCACAUGAAUGCAAUGAAUGCGGGAAAUCCUUCAGUUUCAAUUCACAACUCAUUGUACAUCAGAGAAUUCACACAGGAGAAAAUCCCUAUGAAUGCAGUGAAUGUGGAAAAGCCUUUAAUAGGAAAGAUCAGCUCAUUUCCCAUCAGAGAACUCAUGCAGGGGAAAAACCUUAUGGAUGUAGUGACUGUGGCAAAGCAUUUAGUAGUAAAUCCUAUCUCAUUAUACACAUGAGAACUCAUUCAGGAGAGAAACCAUAUGAAUGCAACAAAUGUGGGAAGGCCUUCAUUUGGAAGUCACUACUCAUUGUACAUGAGCGAAUUCAUGCAGGGGAGAGCCCUUAUAAAUGUAGUCAGUGUGAGAAAUCCUUCAGUGGAAAAUUACAGCUCAUUGUACAUCAAAGAAUGCACACAAGAGAGAAACCCUAUGAAUGCAGUGAAUGUGAGAAAGCCUUCAUUAGGAAAUCUCAGCUCAUUGUACAUCAGAGAACUCAUUCAGGGGAGAAACCUUAUGGAUGCAACGAAUGUGGAAAAACCUUCUCUCAGAAAUCAAUCCUCAGUGCACAUCAGAGGACUCACACAGGAGAGAAACCCUGUAAAUGCACUGAAUGUGGAAAAGCCUUCUGUUGGAAGUCACAGCUCAUUAUGCAUCAGAGAACUCAUGCAGAUGAAAAGCAUGUUGAGUUAAAUAUAAGAAACUUUCUUCCCAAAGUCAAUUCAUAGGAAAUACCCGAAGAUUCAUAUAGAAGAGAAACUCUAUAAAUGAAAUCAUCUCAUUGUACAGCAGAAAACUAAUAUUGAAUGGAAACCUAUGGAUGUACAGCAUGUGCAGGGGCACCCAUAGAAAGCUGCUUUUUACUCAUAAAAGAAACCCCAGUAAAUGCACACAGGAAUGUUAUGAAUUCAAUGAAUCUUGUGAAAGUUUUCAGCAGCAAGCCAUACCUUUUAAAAGUUUGUACAGUGUAAAUAAAUGUAAUCAGGAUAACGAGAAAUAUAUCUUAAGAUCUACAGGAAUAUUCAGAUGUUGUCUUCCUUUGUACUAUGUGAGUUUUGUGUAGUUUCGCAUUUUACUUGUGAAUGUCACUUGAGAGGUAAGUUAGAUACAUGCCAUCGUCCAGGGACUUGUGCUUUGUGUAGCAACAUUGUUUUUAACAAAUACAACUUGUUACUAGAAUAAUAUUUAUUAAAAUUAAAUUUCAAUACCACGAUCCCUUUCUGCUAUUUCGUGCCCUUUGUAAGUGGGCAUGGCAACUGUCUCUUUAGGUAUAUACAUCUGCAUAGUGCAUGCAGGAAUCUGUUCUACCCUCACCAGUUUGAACAUCUUGAUUUUCACUAAGAUAAUCUCUCACAGUGUAUGAGGUCAUGAUGGGAUCAUCAUUCAAGGUGCCCUGCCAAGGACCUGGCAUGAUCAUCAAACUAGGCUGAGAUAUUUAUUCCAGACUUCAAAUUUCUACUGGACUCCCUAAGUACCAAAAAGCAAACUCACCUUUUGUUUGCUGGUAACAUUUCCUGUAAUUAUUAAUUAGUUCCUUCCAUGUAGACUACCUAGGAUAGCUUUAGCUAUUGCCACUUUAAAGUUCUAGUUCGCUUGUCUUUUUCUUUGAAUUAUCUGGUAUGUGUUUAAGGGAUAGAUUUCAGUGAUGCUGCUGAAAGAAAACAUACCUCAUUUUAUCGUGCUUUCCAAGUAAUGCUUUUUUUUUUUUCUUUCCAAUCUGAAGGCUUGUGACAACCUUGCAUUGAGCAAAUUUGCUUACUUUUGUUUGUGUCACAUUUUAGUAAUUCUGGCAAUAUUUCAUAGUUUUUUCAUUACUUAUGUUGAACUGUGGUCAUUGAUUAUGAUUUUCUGAGAGCUCAGCAUGUUUUAGCAAUAUUUUUAAUUAAGGUGUGUACCCUGCUUUUUUUUUUUUAGACAUAAUGCUUUUAUACAUGUACUAGACUACAGUAUAGUGUAAACAUGACUUUUAUAUACAUUGAGAAACCGAAAAAAUUUCAUUUGACUUGGUUUAUUGCCACAUUUGCUUCAUUGUGGUGGUCUGGAAUGAACCUGUAAUAUUUCCAAGGUAAUACCUGAAUGUACAGCUGCAGAGGCAGGGUGGUAAGAAGUCAUUCUGCCUAUUCCUUUCCUACAAAGUUAGUUUUCCUCACCAGUUUGCUUACCUGAAAGAACAUUUACCUGGAAAGAGUUGGGACCAUGGCAUUCAGGAUGUUGUCAGAGGAAUGUGACUAUUCCAAACUGCAGGCAUUUCUGAAACAUCCUGCACUUCCUUUGUAUUUCACAAGGGAAUCCCAUCUUUUACUCAAAGAAAUGGUUCUUUGUAGGAGGUAUUUAAUGAUUUCUGAAUGUUUGGUCCGUACUUUGUUCAGCUCAAUAUACAAGAUCCUACCAGCGGUUCGCCCCAGGGUAGUUUACAGAAGGGAAGAGAAAACUUGCAGAGAGAAGAAAUGCCAGGUAUUUGCUAAAAUAUAUACCCUAAAUCUGGAAAAUAUGAAUGUUUUUAUCAUGCAUGUUCUGAGAAGAUUCACACAUAAUAAGGAGUGAACAGCUAAGAAGAAGUCUAUAUUCAGUUUACUACUGCCCAGUGUCAAUUAGAUUUUAAAGGUUUCUGUAUUGUGUGAUGCAAACCCACAUGCAACCUUGCCCAGGAGAAGCCAGAAAUGUUGACAUAAUGAUGAUAGAAGUCAAGUUCUGUGUGAAAGGCUAAUGCUAACAAUCUUAAGUGAAAAUUUGGAGUGCUUGGCUGGCUCAGUCUGUGGAGGGUGCAACUCUUGAUCUUAAGGUUGUGAGUUCAAGCUCCACGUUGGGUGUAGAGAUUGCCUUAAAGAAUAAAGUCUUUUAAAAAAAGAAAAGAAAAUUAACCAGAUAAAUGAAAUGUAACAGAAUGACUCGAUCUACAAUUAGUAAACAAAAAGUAAAAAAUUGAAUGUCUGGCUUGAAGAUCUGUUCUUUCUAAACCCAUCCAAGCCUCAAAGCAGGAAGAAGCUCCAGAGACUUUCUGUAGUAGCUGAUAAUUCUUGGGAAAAUUCAAGGAUCAAUAAUCCAGCACUUUAUAAUUUCCCCCAAGAAUUGACACGUGAGGGAUAAAUGACUUGGAAUUCGUAUUUGUGAACAUAGUUUGAAAUAUAGUAAAUGUAAUUGUAGCAAAAUGAA